AUGUAUUGUAUAAAAUAUGUUUAUUAUUAUAUUCAUAUAGAAUGAAAAUAUUUAGGUGGGUCGUCAUCAGUUUAGUUAUUUAUGCUGGCCUCUUUGUCUAGUUGCGGUCCAGUGUUCAUAUUGACCAACUAGUUUGAAGAGAUACAGUGCAAGAGUUUAAUUAUUAUUAUUAUUAUUAUCACUUUUUCUAUAUGAGGCUUUUUAAUUAGAGAUACUGAAGUUGUGUGUGCUAUUCUUUGAUGUAUUCUGGUCGGGUGAGUCAAGAAGUAAAAACAGGUCAUUAUCUUUUAUCCUAUAGUUUUCUUUGUUGGGCUCUCUUUGUUUAUAUUCUUAAUUAUCUAUAAUCUUCUCUUAAGAAUCUAAAAGCUAUGCCCACUUACACCUUCCUUUGUUUACCAUUUCUCUCCUUGUUGUAGUUGUUAUUCAAAUUUGCCAUUUUCAGCAAUCUAAUUUGUUAACUCAGCUUUAUUUUCAACUUUAGCUAUGUCCAGUUUUGUGGCCAUUUUGUUGUUUUCCUUGGUUUUGUCUAGCUUUAAUUUCCCAAGUAUUUUAUCAAAGUUCACCCAUAGUGAUAUUAUUCUCAUAAACUGUGGUUCAUCUUCAAAUGUAUCAGUAGGCAAUCGUGUAUUCCUAGCUGAUAAUUCUGAUUCUGAGAAUAAUAUCCUUGUAACGUCUGAAAGAGUUUUUCUCAGCACAAAUUCAACUUCAUUAUCUUCAUCCACAUUUGGUUCCCAGUUGUAUAAAACUGCAAGAUUAUUCAAGGGGAUUUCUCAUUACACAUUUAAAAUAAAAAAAACAGGUGUUUAUUGGAUUCGUCUCUAUUUCUUCCCUUUCUUUUCUCAACAGUACAACUUGAGUUUAGCCAAGUUCUCUCUUUCUGCAAAAGGUUUCACCCUUUUCAAAGAGUUGCAAAUAGAGAAUGGUUCAAAAGUCAUGGAGUACUCUUUAAACAUAGUUUCUAAUAGCCUGGUUCUUACUUUUAACCCUUCCACUGAUUCCUUUGCUUUCAUAAACGCCAUAGAAAUCAUGCUACAACCAGAUGAGCUUCUUCCUAAGGCUGCAAAAACUGUUGGUUUGCAUGAAAGUCAAAAGAAUUUGCAGGAACAAGCAUUAGAGACAACCAUGAGGGUGAACAUGGGUGGUCAAGUAGUGUCUCCUCAAAACGACACUCUUUGGAGAAAUUGGUUUUCUGAUGAACUCUUUUUGGUACACAAUAAUGCAAAGUUUAUGUCAAAUAUAACACUUGUCAAUUAUUUGAAGGGAAAAUCAACUGAGGAGAUUGCUCCAAGAAUUGUUUAUGGCACUGCAACUAAGUUGGACAUAGAUGGAGGAGAAGCUGUGUAUUUUAACAUUUCAUGGCAGUUUGAUGUUGAUUCAGGUUUUGAAUAUUUGGUGAGGUUUCACUUUUGUGACAUAAUAAAUGCUUCUCUUCAAAGCCCCCCAUUUAGUGUCUAUAUCAACUCAUGGUUUGUCUCUACCUACGCUGAUAUUACAAAUAAAAAAGAAGAUGUGGUUGGUGCCCCCUAUUUUAUGGAUGUGAUUGUGAAGAUAAUUGACAACUCAAAACUAAAAGUGAGCCUUGGUCGUAAUAGUGCUGGGGAUAUGUAUGCAAAUCCCUUCCUCAAUGGCAUUGAGAUCAUGAAAAUAAGUAAUUUUCGUAGAAGCCUUGAUGUCUUGGACACUUUCACAAUUAGCAACUCUAAGGGGAAAGUUCUUGUUUUAGCCGGUUUGGCUGCUGGAAUAUUUGUAGUUGUUUUGGUUGUUGUUCUCUUCCUGUUUUGCAGAAGAAGGAGAAGAUUGAGACUUGUUGGCCAUUCAAAGACAGAUGGUGUUGCUGUGAAUGAUAAUGGUGCUUUUUUGGGCUCAGAAAAUGUUUAUAACUUCCCUCUAUUGGUGAUUCAAGAGGCUACUAAUAAUUUCAGCGAAAACUUGGUUAUUGGGGUUGGUGGUUUUGGGAAGGUGUACAAAGGAGUUCUUAAAGACAAAAUGAAAGUUGCUGUUAAGAGGGGUGUUUCUGAAUCAAAUCAAGGCCUUGCUGAGUUCACUACAGAAAUUGAAAUGUUAUCUCAAUUUCGCCACCGCCAUUUGGUGUCCUUAAUUGGCUACUGCGACUAUCACAAUGAGAUGAUUAUAAUUUAUGAGUAUAUGGAAAAUGGUACCCUCAAGGAUCAUCUAUAUGGUUCUGAUGUUGAAAGCUUAAGUUGGAAACAAAGGCUUCAGAUAUGCAUUGGAUCUGCUAGAGGACUUCACUACCUUCACACUGGCUCUGCAAAGGCAAUCAUUCAUAGGGAUGUUAAGUCUGCAAACAUACUUCUUGAUGAAAAUUUCAUGGCUAAGGUUGCAGAUUUCGGACUUUCGAAGAUAGGUCCUGAUAUUGACAAGACACAUGUUAGUACAGCAGUUAAGGGAAGUUUUGGAUAUUUGGAUCCAGAGUACUUGACAAUGCAACAACUGACUGACAAAUCAGAUGUCUACUCCUUUGGAGUGGUAAUGCUAGAAGUUCUUUGUGGGAGACCUGUUAUUGAUCCUUCCCUUCCAAGAGAUAAAGUAAAUCUAAUUGAAUGGGCGAUGAAAUCUUAUAAAAGAGGCCAACUUGAAGAAGUCAUUGACCCUCGUCUUGCAGGCCAAAUAAAGCCAGAAGCAGCAUUGAAGUUUGGAGAGUUAGUUGAAAAAUGCUUAGCAGAAAGAGGUGUUUUUAGACCAACAAUGGGAGAUGUUUUAUGGAAUUUAGAAUAUGUGUUUCAACUCGAAGGACCUGAUAACAUUAAUACUGGUUACUUGUCAUCUUCUCAAGUGAAUCAUGUCAAUGAGUUGGAAACUACCACCAUUCUGUCCACUGCAGAAAUCAGCUCAGAUAAUUUGGGUGACCUUGCUGAUGUUUCAAUGAGCAAGGUGUUUGCUCAAAUGGUGAAUGAUGAAAUGAGGUAAAGAAGAGAAAAUAGAAAAAGGGUUGUUAAAGGGUUUAAUAGAUUUUUCAUUCAAGGCUUCUUAGAUUAUUGCUAGAAUACAUGUAAAGUAAACGAAUAUAUAAGUAUAUAUAUAUAUAUAUGGCAAGGGGUUUGGUGGAGCUAGUUGCUUGUGUUUCAUGUGUUAGUGUGAGAGCUUUCAUCAUAGCAAAAGAAAAUGAGAGAAUACAAAAGAAACUCAACUAUUACAUUUAAUUUAUUUUUGGCUAUAAUUUAUUAUGUUUAUUUAGUAGUAGUCUUUUGUAACUUGGAUUUACUUUGAAUUACAUGUACAAUUUAAAUAUUAUAGAAUAGGCGAUAGGGUAAGCAAUAAUCAUUAAGCA